AUAUGCUGUCAGCAUCGCUUCUCCGUCCACGGGUAUUCCGCGGAAUACCCGCGAAAUGCUUGGCACUCACCUGCAGACAUGCUUCAUGUGAUCAACCAUCUUCCUACCUAGGUAUCCAGUCUAGAGAAUUUCAAGAACCAUCAUGCCAGCUUCUGGCGAGCGAGAGCGUUCCAAUCGCAAAGGACAAUACUCCUGUAACUUCUGCCGAUCGCGCAAGAUUCGCUGUGAUCGACCGCUGCCAUGCACAAGUUGCAGGUCGCGAGGAAAGACGUGUCAAUUUGAUCCUACGCCGGCGGCACGCGAAGCUCAAGGCCCUCAGACACCCGUCUCGGUCGAGGUUCUGCUCACACACCAACAGCCACAUGAGAGCCUCCAGACACCUUUAUCUUCAACCGAAAAACCUGACAUGCAGGCUGAGAUAGAUGCGCUUCAGGCUCGUGUGCAGGAGCUGGAGGAACGUAUUACACGAGAGACUACCUUUCCUCCACAGGCGGGCAAUGACAGCAGCGAAAGUGUCCGAACGGCCUUCGUUUCUGGAACCGCUCGAGACGAAAUCGAGAUGGAUCAACCCUCCGGUAUUCAGAAAACAAGAGACAUGGUAGAACAUCUCGAAGGCGUCUCCAUGAGUCAGAGCUCUUUCGAGCUGCCUGCCACAAACCACAUUGCCUUCAAGAUCGGACAGAUCCGCACAAUACCACCAACACUGAGUUACACGACGCAACUCGGUAGACUAAUACCAUGUAUAUGGCUACCACUAAAGGAAGAAGCUACGAUACUUCUCGACAUCUACAUCACCGAGCUCAACUACAUUCAGCACGUAACGCACACUCCCUCCCUACCAGCGAUUCUCGACGAGAUCUACCGCCCGAUUGAAAGUUAUGAGCCUACCGAUCCCAGCAAGGUUGCUUUGUUGCUAAGCAUCAUCGCUCAUACAACACAUGUAUGGAGUGUACCGGACGGACUGAACAGAGAACGCCCCCUAUUCUUAUCUUCGACCCAAGCGCGCUCGCAAACGUCCAUUUGGAUCAAAGCCACAUAUACUGUGCUUGAGACUUUGCAAGAGGGGCAUUCGCUAGCUCUGGAGGCUAUACAAGGCAUCAUUAUCCUGUCCUACGUCCUGUGCAACAUAGAAGGUGUCUCGCUACGAUAUCGCUCCUUGAUAUCGACGGGCUUAUUGCUAUGUCGGGAAAUGGGUCUCCAUCGGAUCGACCACGAAUCUAAUGCCGAUGCGGCCCAGACACUCAAAGCAGAGGUCGGCCGUCGUGUGUGGUGGUACCUGAUCGCAACGGAUUGGCUCCUCGCAGCACGAUACGGCGGGCCCAGCGGCGGCGUAUACCAAACCAACCCCCUCCACUUCCACGUCAACAAGCCCCUAAACAUCAACGACAUAGACCUCAUCGCUACCGGACCCCAACCAUCCCUCCCCCUCUCCCAACAAACAGACAUGUCCUACUUCCUCCAACGCAUCCGCCUGGCGGAAAUCUCCCGCUUCCUCGUCGACCAACUCACCUCCGCCCCCACGCAACGCUCCGACCACCUCAUGGCCAUGGACCGCCAACUCGUCGAACUAAUGCACGAGACACCCGCUUUCUUCCUGCUGGACUACUACGACAGUACCUUCUCGCCCGAAAAGCCCAAUCACGUCUUCAUCCAAGCCUACUUCCUCAACACGCUUAUCCAUACUCAGCGCUGUAAAUUACAUCUCACUUCCCUCACGCGACCGUCGGCGUCGAUGAGUAUCUCAACAACGCCUUCUUCGCGCACUGCUUGUCUGUACUCGGCUCGUCAACUCAUAUACCUCGAGUCGAAACUACUGCUGUCGCGUCAUCCUUUUGCGAGGCGGCCCCAACGGCCUCCGGCGGGGCUGUAUAGUAUAUUCAUUGCUACUAUCGCGUUGCUCAUGGAUGCUUGCCUUAAUGGGUCCGGUGAACUACAUGCUGAGUUGCGGCAAGACGGCGAUUUAGCGAAAGGACUGCGUAUGGUAGCAGAUGCGAGGGAUGAUUCACUUGCAGCGGCGAAGUUGUAUGAGUCGCUCAUGCAGAUUGUGAAGAAGUAUCGGGAUGUUGGGGAUACGGGAGAGAAGAAUGGAAGUAGUCUAAGUGGUCGGAGUACGGUGGAGACUUUGCAGGCUUUGCCUUCGAAUGUAUUAAGGGAAGAAGAGCAUUCUUCUCAUGUGAACGAUGCUAUUCAGCUUGAUCUGGUGGAUUGGGAUGAUCUGUUCUCGAGUGUCUCUUCGUCGCCGUUCUUUUAGUUGGGAGUGGAAUGUUAUGGAGGAAGUG